AUGCAUCUCUGGAAACAUGAAUUCCGCGGCAAGGUGUUGAUAGCUGCCAUUACGAUGGCAUCAUGCCAGGCGUUCUUGUUGCUAGGAUUCGAUCAGGGCGUUAUGGCAGGAAUCGUUGGCGCGGAAAAUCGAUUCGGACAAGACUUCAACAAUCCCGACCCUGCAAUGCAAGGAAAUAUCACGGCACUGUACGAUAUCGGAUGCGUGGUGGGGUCAAUCCUGUGUUACUUUGUUGGGGAGCGAUACGGGCGACGGUCGAUGCUCAUGGCCGGAGGAUCAAUCAUGGUUAUCGGAACUAUAAUUCUGGCAUCGUCCGACACGGUGGCGCAGCUUAUUACAGGACGAAUCGUGACUGGCAUUGGCAAUGGGAUGAACUCUUCCACGGCCCCGGUGUACCAGAGCGAGUGCUCGCCGGCGUCGUGUCGAGGCGCGUUGUUGACAACCCAGGGGACGGUGACCAUCCUCGGUGUGGUCAUUGCGUACUGGAUGGACUACGGCACGAGUUUCAGCUCUUCCUCGUUUCAGUGGCGCUUUCCGCUCGCCUUCCAAGCGGUCUUUGCCAUUCUAUUAAUCCUCCAAAUAAUUGGCCUCCCCGAGACGCCCCGCUGGCUCGUCCAGCACGACCGGCACGAGGACGCCCGCGCGGUGGUGGCGGCAAUCGAGAACCGCGCCGCCAGCGACCCCGAAGUCAGCAAGACCAUCCUUGAUAUUCAAACAGCGAUAGAAGAGGAGCAACGAGAGGGACCGUUCAGCUUCUUGGAGCUAUUCACCUGGGGGAAGACGCAGAACCUGCGCCGCCUGCUGAUAACCAUCUCCAUAGAGCUAGGACAGCAAUUCACAGGGUCCAACAUGAUCAACUACUACGGACCAGUGAUGUUCCAGACCACGAUGGGCAUGAGUCGUGACCUAUCAAUGAUCCUGGGCGGUUGCAUCCAAUGCACAUAUCUCGUGGGGUCAGCGAUUCCGGUAUUCUUGAUGGACCGGUUCGGGCGACGUACUCUGCUAAUGGUGUGUUCCGCCGGCCUGUGUCUCUGCUUCGUGAUGGUCAGUAUCUUGCUCUCUCUGAACCGGAGGGACUGCGCCUACGGGGCGACGGCAUUCAUCUUCGUGUUCCAGCUGUUCUACGGCAUCGGGUGGCUGCCAGUGCCAUGGUUCUAUCCGGCAGAGCUAAACACGACGCGGGUGCGCACGCGGAUGCAAGCCAUGGCUUCGGGGUGGAACUGGAUGGCGGUGUUUGCUGUGGUAAAGAUUACGCCGAUCGCGUUUGAUAAUAUUGGGUGGAAGACGUUUGUGAUCUUUGCGGUGCUGAAUGCUGUGUUUAUUCCAAUGGUUUACUUCUUCUACCCUGAGACGAAAGGUCUUGAGUUGGAGGAUAUCCCCAUGCUAUUUAGCAAGGGGGGGUUUACAGGCGGGGUGUUCACUUCCAAGGGAGGGAGAACCGUCAUGCCAGGACAGCACGCGCAGGAGAGAGAUGUUGAGGCGAAGGUGGAUGGUAUGGUGCACCAGGUGGAGGAAGUCAAGUAG